UUUGAAUCUCAAAAGAUACAAAAAGUCCAAUAUUUCCCAAAAGAGCAAAAGUUAAAACAAAUUUUCCACAGGACAGUGCAUACCUCCACCAGUCCCCCCUUAAAUUUGAUCAAUUUGCACCAAAUUGCACACACUCAUAGCCUUUAGUUACCUAAAUAUGCCUUUUUUUUCAUCAAGAUCCAUGAAUUAUUCCCUGGUAAAACAGUGAACAUGUUGAAAUAUGCCUUGCAACAUGAAAUACAAAUUCCUGGAUCUGCCCCCUGCUCCAGAUCUGCACCUGAAAUGUAAGUGGGGUCCUCUCUGACAGCAUUAACAAGCAAACUGACAGGGGUGAAAACUGAGGUAAAAACUUUGAUGGAUUUCAGAGGCCAACCAAUUUUUUCAACUCACCACUAACCUUACUUACUCAUCUCUUUAUGCAACUGGUUUUGUGUUUUAUUCAUACAUUCAGUUGUGUGGCCUCUUCCUUUGACUCGCUAUAUUUCCUUCGCAUUUGUGUAUGUGGGACCGAACCCUUAGAAUCAACUAAGAGAGAUUGGUUGUUUUUUAAAUCUGCUAACAAUCGCUCCCAUCUAACCUCAAUAUGGUUCUAAGCUGAGGAUCAGUGAAUUGUCAUGUUAUUGUGUUCCAUUGUCUAUGUACAGUAAUAAAAACUCAGAUCUGGAAACAUUUUAUAAAGGUUAAACAGACAAGGGUGAAAACAAAACUUGCAAAUGGCAGCGGCAACAACGAGAGAAGGAUGGAGAACUUUCAAACAAAAGCUCAGAGCCACAUGUCGCAUGUGCCAGGGAGGAUGAACGCUUUAGGACAUUCUCUUUUCUUCUUAUCUUUCCUCCAUCUGAGAACUGACUUGCACUUUAAAUAAUGAGGUCAUUUUGUGGUACAAUGACAACUGAGCUUUUACCAGAUGCGUGACGGCCAGAUAGGCCCGAUGUCUGACUGUCAAAAGGCUCUGACGCCCGUCGGACAGGACGGACCAGUCGCUGACAUGCACGCUGCGUUGUCCCUGUCACGAUCACCACAUCUCGGCGGGUUUAUAAGAUGCCACAGUCCCCUGCAGAUUCGUAAACAUUUGGGCUUUGUCCCCAAAGUCUCUGCUCGCUCCAAUUGGACAGACAGUAAGUGACUGUUUUCUUCAGAAGCUAAAACCAUGUCUGGGCAGAUGGUGGUGACCCAGCCCCGGCCCUUCAUCACGACCUCUUCAUCCAGCCAAUGGACCUCCAGCAUCUGCGACUGCUUCGAAGACCUGCCCCAGUGUUGCUUGGCCUUUUGGUGCUUUCCCUGCUUCACCUGUAAAACAUCGUACGAGGCCGGGGAGUGUGUGUGCUUGCCCCUGCUGGACUCUUUCGGAAUCAUCCCGCCUAUAACCACAGCCAUCAGGGUGUCAGUGCGUCAGAGAUACGGCAUCGAGGGCACGAUCUGCAGGGACUGCCUGUUCGCCUGCUGCUGCGGGCCCUGCAGCUGGUGCCAGAUAGCGAGAGAAAUCAAGAUGAGGACCAACCCCAUUACAUUCGUCAGCAUGUCAACCUGAUUCUCUUUUUUUUGAUCACUGGUAAAGCAAACAUCAUCGCCAUCAUCGGGGACUUCUCUUCAUCAUCAGGGCCUGUGAUGUGUUAAUGAGAGCAGGCCCUUUGAAUCAACUGCGUUCUCAUGUUUUCUCCGCACGUCUGCUUCUGUGGAAUGUCAUCGAGCAGCUAAGUCAAGAUCAGCUGAACAAUGGUCAUAGAGGAUUCCUCACUUACUGGAAUGACAAAGAGAUAAGCAGGUUUUUGGCCUGUGCGACAAUCCACUGACAGAUAUUAGGGACGAGCCAGGGACAGUGGGAUGUGUAGAUUUCUUAUUAUUGUCACUUAUAGAUAUGUUUCUUUACCAUGUGCAAACAUUCCUGUAUCACUGGUUGCACUAUACCACAAUUACAAUUUUUAGCUGACUGUUUUUCCCUUCUGUUUUAUUUGCAUUGCGUCUUUCUCCAUUCAUAUAUCUUGUUUAUUCUAUUUAAAACAUGGCUGCUGUUAUUUGUGUGUGAUGUUGCUAACAGGUGAGCCCCCAUUAGAGGCCGUUGCAUGGUACAAAGGAAAUAAACUGGGACUUUUAACCAAAGUACCUCCAUACGUUGCUUCUAAGACGCUCUGGUGUGGUGAUUGUCGGCUCAGGAAUAUUUUGAUUGCUUACGUCCUCCAUUUUCAUAGCAAAACGACGUACCAUUAAUGAGCUUCUCCCUGGAGAGGUCAAGCAGGUCAAGCUGAGAGUUAUCGCCCUCUACUGAAACAGGAGAGAAACUACUUCAGACGGUCUGAUGUGCUUCUCAACUGUAGAUUUUGAAUUAAAACAGGUAAUAACAGGUUGAUGGAGAACUUAUCCUCCCACGUUUAAAUGAAUGUUGGAAUUUAAAAUAAAAGGUGAAAGCCCUAAUAAAGGGCUCAUUCUAAAGCAAUAAAAACAAAAGGAUUAUUAGUUCCAGGGAAUUAUAAGCUAAUUAAAUCAUAAUCAUGGAUAUCAUAUUCCAUUUAUCCCUAUCGAUCCUCAAACAUCCAACACACACCAGCAUUAAGCAUUAAAUGCCACAUUUGCCUCCAUGUGAUAAAAUCACUUAGGUUAGGUGAAAAAGUUUCAGCACCAGUUGACUAUUUAUCAAACUCAACUCUAAACUCUGAACCAGAAAACACUGAAGCAUAUUUGAACACUGCUGGGCUUGAUUUUCUAGUGUGCAUGUGAAGCUCCCAGACUCGGUUAAUAUUCCCACAAACUUCAGGUUCGUGUGAAAUUCCUGCAGGGACGUGUUUUGAUGGAUAGUAAACAACUGUCACCAAGUGACAGAACAAGGCAGGUAUGUGAGUAAAUGGUGUGAACGCUGUGAUGCGGAUUCAAAGGAGCCACAUCACGGCAAGGAACAAUAGUAGGAAGGAGAAGUUUGGAACCGGCGAGCGUCUCGGGAGCUUUGCUCAGAUAUUUGGGCUUCGGGUCAACUUUGAAAAAAAGGUGCAAUGAAUGUCGAGCGUGUCCCACGAGAAAAAUUAUGAAAGGUGUUUACUUUUUCACGACUUCCUUAUUGGAGUGAUCGCCACGGCAACACAUGUGUUCAUCAACAACCGUCAGCCUGGCAGUUGUGUUUAUAUAAUUUCAUUAUAUCUCCUGCUUGUUGUGUUGCCAGAGCAUAAUAAAUGUGAUAUAUUGAUACAUCACUGACUUCUCCAGUGUUCAGUAAGUCAGUCUGCCAUAAGUCAAUAUCAAUAUUCUUAACACUGAUGUAGUAAAGGCCAACAACCUUGUUUAGAUGCAGCAUCAAGUUUUCAGAUGCACUUCACCUGAAUCCACUGCGGUUGUUUUCCUUAACAACUGGACAAACUUCUUAAUUUGUAAUGUUUCAAGCACAAAUCUGAAAUGUUUUAAAAAUCGUUCCAGGAUAUUUUAGUCUAUCCCCGGAUAAAUUAUUGCAAACCCAUCAGAGCCUUUUUCGAGGGGCUGUGGGUUUAUAGCUGAUUUGUCUGUUUCACCUCCUCUGAGUAUUUCUGUCUUCCUCUGGUGGAUAUACGUGGGAUCACCCUCCAGAGAUUAUGUGUCCCAUCAGGCCUUUCACCUGUGUCAAUAUCCUGUUUCCAUGUGCACAACUGCUACAUGAUCCAGGCGAGAUAAGAUCAGUUUAACCUUGUGAUUUAAUUUGUGCUUAAUUAUGUUUUCUUGUUUAAAGAGCCAAUGAAUAAACAUCAGAUCUUGUCACUGGUAUGGAGACUUCAAUGUAAAAACAAUUCCAAGUCCAAAAUAUGUCUUUGUUGUCAAAUUGUUGUGUUUCUUCACAACCAUUUGACAAACCCCCAAAACUGAUUUUGUGACCCCAGUGUUUUGGUUUACUUUCUUUGCAUUUCAUGUGCAUCUACGGUGGGGAGAUAAAAGCGGACUGUUGGCGACUGUCUUCUAUGCCCAGCCAGAGAACAUCAAGUUAUCAGCUCUCAGCAAAUGAUCUCAGCUCUUCGUCAGGGGGUUGUGACCUGGAAGGUCAUGUGCAGAGCAGCUAACCUGUCAGCACACAGUCCAGUUUAU